GGACGGGCCGGUGGCACCUGCGGUGUCACCUGCCCGCGGCCGGGGCCAGCUCAGGCCACCCGAAUUCGGGGCACGCGGGCGGCGCUGCGGCUCCCCCGUGGCAUUUCCGGUGCCCCACACCUGCCCCACAUCGGCGGCCCCAUGGCGGCCGCAGGUGCUCACGCUGCCCGGCAGGUGAUGGAGCAGGGAGAGGAGCACCGGGAGCACCGGGAGUACCGGCGGCUGGAGGAGUGCGAGGAGGACUCGCCCCCCGGCGAGGAGGAGGAGGAGCAGCUGCUGCUGCACGUCACGGAAGGACCGACAGACUCCUGGCACCACAUUAAGGACCUGGACAGUUUCUUCACCAAGAUCUACCAGUUCCACCAGAGGAAUGGCUUUGCCUGCGUCCUGCUCUCGGACGUCCUCGAGCUGCUGCAGUUCCUGUUCGUCGUCACCUUCAGCACGUUCCUGCUGUGCUGCGUGGACUAUGACGUCCUGUUCGCCACGCGCCCCCUGAACCACAGCCACGUCCCCGAGCGCGCCAAGGUGACGCUGCCCGACGCCGUGCUGCCCGCGCCGCAGUGCGCCCGCAGGCUCCGUGGCAGCGGCUGGCUGCUGUUCCUGCUGGUGCUGGCGGGCGCGGUGUGGCUGUGCCGCCUGGUCACGGCGCUCCGGCGCCUCGUGGGCUACUGGGAGAUCCGGAGCUUCUACAUCCGCGCGCUCGGCAUCCCCGCGGUGAGGGGCCGGGGCCGGGGCCGGGCCGUGGGGGCGCCGCAGCCCCUGUGCGUGCCGCGCCGCGAGCUGACCGAGCUCGACAUCCACCACCGCAUCCUGCGCUUCCGCAACUACACCGUGGCCAUGGUCAACAAGAGCUACGCCGAGGGGCUGAAGCGGGCGCCGGGCAGCCUGGGCGCUCGCCGCUGGUCGCUCUACGCGCGCCACUACCUGCGCCACUUCAACGAGCUGGGCCACGAGCUGCGGGCGCGGCUGGGCCGCGGCCACGCGCCGGCCACCAAGUACAUGGACUCGUUCAGCAGCCCGCUGCUGGCCGUGCUGGCUCGCCACGUCGGCUUCUUCGCCGGCUCCGUGCUGGCCGUGCUCAUCGUGCUCACCGUGUACGACGAGGACGUGCUGACGGUGCAGCACAUCCUGACCGCCAUCACGCUGCUGGGGCUCGUGGUCACCGUGGCCAGGUCCUUCAUCCCGGACGAGCACGCGGUGUGGUGCCCGGAGCAGCUGCUGCAGCGCGUCCUGGCACACGUGCACUACCUGCCCGAGCACUGGCAGGGCCGCGCCGGCCGCGCCGAGACGCGAGCAGAGAUGGCGCAGCUCUUCCAGUACAAGGCGGUGGGUGCAGCCCCCAGACCCACCUCCCCAGGACCCCCUCCCCUGGCACCAUCCUCUCUCCAAACCCAGGAGCCCACAGACUGGGAGCUCCCCAUCCUGGGACUUCCCAGCCCUGGGACUCCCCGCAUCAGGAUCCCCAGCCUGGACCCCUCAGCACUGGGACCCCCUGCACCAAGAGCCCACUGCCCUGGGACUCCCUGUCCCAGUCCCUGCCCUGGGACCCCCCAGCCCCAGGACCCCGCGGGCUGGGAGCUUCCUGUGCCAGGAUCCCAUUCCCUGGGAUCCCCCACACUGGGACCCUCCUGCACCGAGGCUCUGCACUCCCGCAGCCUGAGCCGCUCGGCGCUGCUGGCCGAGGUGGCCUCGGCCGAGAUGAGCCUUCACGCCAUCUACCUGCACCAGCUCCACCAGCAGCAGCAGCAGGGCCCCGGCCCCCAGCCCGCGGGGGCGCCCAGACACCCCUUCGUGACCACAGGCUCGGCUGCCCGCGCCUCGCAGCUGCGGGAGAUGCCGCUGGGCGGGUGGGCCGAGGAGGAAGAGGAGGAGGAAGAGGAGACGAUGACGUAGCCGGACCCGGCUCCGGUGGGUGGGGACACGGGGGAGCGAGGACCACCGGGAUUGGGACAGGGUCCUGGUUGUGCCGAGACCCCCCGGAGGUGCCGGGGGAGCCGCCAGGGGCACAGUGGGGGGCUCGCCGUGCCCACUAUGCUGCCAGGGGGGCCCUGUCCGUGGGAGCCCCCUGCUCGGGGUGUCCCUGGUGCCCCCACUGCGGGGGUGCUGCCAGGGCCCCCCCCAGGUGCUGUUUUUGGGGGAGCACGGGGCUGGUGCCCCCCGUGGUGCCCCGAGCACCAGCUGAAAUAAAGGUUUAC